CGACAACGACCACAGUUGCUCCAACAACAACCACAAUUGCUCCAACAUCAACCACAGCUUCACCAACAACUACCACCACUGCCCCAACAACAACUACAACUGCCCCAACAACUACCACAGCUGCUCUUACAACAACCACCACUGCUCCAACAACAACAACAACUGCCGCUACAACCACAGUUGGUCCAACAACAACCACAACGGCUCCAACAACAACCACAACUGCUCCAACGACAACCACGGCUCCAACAACAACUACAACUGCUCCAACAACAACCACAACUACCCAAACAGCAACCACAACUGCCCCAACAACUACCACAGCUGCUCCUACAACAACUACCACUGCCCCAACAACAACCACAACUGCCCCAACAACAACUACAGCUGCUCCAACAACAACCACAGCUGCCCAAACAACAACCACAGCUUCAUCAACAACAACCACAGCUUCACCAACAACUACCACCACUGCCCUAACAAUAACUACAACUGCCGAAACAACUGCCACAGCUGCUCCUACAACAACCACCACUGCUCCAACAACAACAACAACUGCCACUACAACAACCACAGUUGCUCCAACAACAACCACAACGGCUCCAACAACAACCACAGCUUCACCAACAACAACCACAACUGCAGCGACAACAACAACAGCUGCUCCAACAACAACCACAACUGCUCCAACGACAACCACAGCUGCUCCAACAACAACCACAGCUGCCACUACAACAACCACAGUUGCUCCAACAACAACCACAACGGCUCCAACAACAACCACAGCUUCACCAACAACAACCACAACUACAGCGACAACAACAACAGCUGCUCCAACAACAACCACAACUGCUCCAAUGACAACCACAGCUGCCCAAACAACUACCACAACUGCCCCAACAACAACCACUGCUGCAGCGACAACAACCACCACUGCCCCAACAACAACUACAACUGCUCCAACAACAACCACAACUGCUCCAACGACAACCACAGCUGCUCCAACAACAACCACAGCUGC